AUGGCUGUAAUGACUGAUAAUUGUCGAAGAGUAAAGAAGAGUCCGCCAAUCGUGAAGAACAUGCCAGUCACUGAUUCAACCAUCAACGGUGAUGGAUUGGCAGGAAACACAUUGGUUAUUUCCGGUGAUAACAGCGAGGUGGGGGUCACAGAUUUGUAGACGUGCCUUUGCAAGAGACGGACGUUGCAGGUUCUCGCGUGCGCGACGGUUAUCAUUCCCGGCAAAGAGUUGAUGCAUGCCUCAUUCCACGAGGAACCGAUCGAAGGACACGUUCACAUCAUUCCGAUCAAGAACAAUGCGGUAAUGAUAGGGUUUUAAAGCGAACAUUUCAUGAAAACCAAUUAUUUCAGGUUCGAUUGGUUCCUGAUCUUAAGUACAUGGCUAAGUUUGAUUACGUGGAACCGGAGAAGAAAAUAAUGACAUGGGCGUUCGUGGAUUCCUGUGAAAAUGCAAAAGAUUCGGUGAAGCACUCUGAUUACAGUGAAGUUGGAGUGGAUUCCAGAGCAACGUUUGUUUACAGUGAGCAUUUCUCAGCACUCACACGAUAUUGAAUACUAGAAUUGCAGCACUGCCCGAUAACUGUACAUUGGCAGCACUUGCCUUAUUGCGAGAAGAAAAAUUGUUCGCUUGUGCUGACAUUGUUAAUGUCGAACCAAGAACUCUCAAAUCUCUCGAUGUUACCUUACGACAGAAUCAUUACUUUGAACCUGUAAUUGGAUUGAAGUCCCCUCCAAAAGAACUUCACAUCCGAGAUGAUUGUUUGGAUAUUUCCACUGAAAUUGUACACAAAAGUUAUCUUUCUUAUUACCCUUCAGUUAACAUUUUCGGAUCAGAAUCUAUCAUGCUGAAGGUGGAACUAUCAUCAUCAUUCGUUCAUGAAGAGAAAUGAUAAAAGUUCAGAGUUUGGUUCUGCGUGGUUCCUGUAGUGCUCUCCGACCUCAAUUUGCUCGACCUGCCGCAAUAGCCAACUUUAUUCACCCAAUUAUUGGAAGGUAAUCGCCCAAGCAAAUGUUUUUUUGAACACUUUUUCGUAUAGAAUAGCACUGGUAGAUACUGAUGACAAGAUUCUCCUGACUGGUGAGGUCCGCAACAUUUUUGAUGAAAUGGCAACUCGAGCAACCGUCAUGGUAGGUUCCUACGUCAUUUUUUUUGUCAAUUUAUGCUUACAGAUUUCCAACAAAACAGCAGAAUCUACAUCGUGUAUCCAUACUACUUGUGAAAGUUGUCAUAUCGUCGAGGAUGCGGCCGUCGUCGUGGGGAAAAAUGAAGCUGCUGUUACGAUGACAGGCGUCUUCAACUGGUUCAAUAUCUCCGAAAUGCGAUCCGCUAUAAUUGAUCUCGAAUGGAUUAAAGUAUGCGCCAACUUGACUAUUCUACCCUCUGGAGCACUGACGAUGCAUGCAAUGGUCAAACGAUUGGCUCCUUUCUCUUCGUCCACUGUUGCUUCCGUUGUUGCUUUGGAAUAUCCGGCAAACAAUUACACCGAGGUUGAUUACAAAUGAAUCAUAAUGCAUUUCUUGAGUUUUCAUUCCAGAUACUGAUCAAUAAGAAGCAGAAGUUUUCCGAUGUUCAAGCUCAUUUCCGUCCGUUAGAUCGUAGUAUCACAACAGGGCCACCGUGCGGGGAACAAAACCUGGGCGGUGUCACAAAAGUGACGUGGAUUGAUGAUUUGAAGAAAAACCUCAUAAGCGCUGAAAAUGACUCGAGUGUGAUAUUUGAUGAGAACCUUGUAUCUGGAGCCGCAAGCAUGCUCGGCACCUCUAUUCUUCUCAAAGAAGGAAAGGAUGUGUUCUGUGGUCAUUUUGAACCACCGAGUGAGAGAACUGUUGCAUUUGCCGAAUUCGGUCAUCCAUUUGAUGGCUACAUAAAAAUGGUUUGCCUCUUUUAAUAUACUUUAUUGUGAAAACGUACGUUUUCAGACACAAUACGCCAGCUCGAACUGGGAAUCAGGGUUUCCCACAGAAGUAUAUUAUUCGUUGAAAUACAAAAAUCAAAGUGAUCCAGAAGUUAAUCCAGUAAAACUUUCCCAAAAUUUUAACAAAUUUCUCGAAACUCGGCAUUUUCCAGGAAUCAGUGUUGUGGGAAAUAGUGAGUGAUCAAAAUUUGACCUGCAGCACAGCAGUGCUGUUCAAUCCAUUACAAGUUAACGUGAGUUUCCUAUUCUCAUCCCAUCAUGUUCAUCAUAUUCACCCAUUCCAGGAAUCUGAAUGUACUAGCGAGAGAUACGAAUUUUGCCCGAUCGGAAGCGCUGCAAACCGCUCGAAACCGCUGCUAAUGCAUGCGCGCUGGCAUCUAACUGCUCAGAGCUUUCCGCUUUCCGGCCCAUAUUCAGGUUUGUGUCUUAGGAAUUCGAAGCACGUGAAAUAUUCAUCGAAUGUUUACGUCUUCACCCGUUUAAUUGCAGUCAUCGGAAAGACACUCCGACUACGAUCAAUUAAAAACCGAAAUCAGAUUGGAUGUUACAAAGUGAAAAAAGUUUCUGAGGUACAGACAGACACAAUAGACGUUGAAAGCAAAUGAAGAAUUGAGGAAGUAACGGUGAUUUUUUCAGGCAACAUUCCGUUGGGUGGUUUACACCAAUACUUCUUUGUCUACUGUACAACAGAGAAUUUCAAAGAGAACAGGAGUUCCAAUUUACAAAGUGAACACUAAGGGAACAAACUUUCAAGGAUUUACUUGUUUUUUACAGAUUGAAGUGGAUUAUACCAGGGAGCUUUACAUGACGAGGUGCACGAUAUUUAGGAUAACGAUAUUGGGUACUGGAAAAAUGUUUUUUUAAGUUUCAUAGAUCGGUUUGCAGAGGAAGAUGAGAAACUGGAACAGAUCCUGGACUCUUUCGACGUUGGCGCUCGGAAAUUUAACAAUGACACGGAGCUCGUUUGCGGUGGGACGGAAGUCAUUCCGAACGAAUCUUCAGACGCCAUUUCCCAGAACAUCAUCACCACUUCAUUCUCUACCCAUUUUGCACUCAAAAGUCUUUUACUGAUCCCACUGGUUCUUUAUUAUCUGUAAUUGUCUUGACAAGUGUGUGGUUCAUCAAAUACGUGUAUAACUACGUUUUUAAUAAUGAUAUGUUUUCGUUUUGAGCCUAAAUAAAAUCUGUAAAUAAAUAGAAAUAUACGUAUGAAAUCGCGUUCGUAUAACGCGAUUAGAAACUUCCGGCAAGCAUCUCUCUCGGCUUCCUCUGCUAUCUUAGGGCCUCGAUGAGUGGCUCCUUAACGAUCAUUCAAACGUAAUUCCACCUGUUUGUUGAAUGACUCGCGUGAGUGGAUUCGUUGCGGUUCUUUUUCUCAAUUCUUUUUCGUAUGGGUGGUUUUGAUUUCUCCAUUUCUUCAUUUCCAAUCACCUAAUCACACAGUUGGUUUGUGAGAUUUUAUCCCUCCCACGAUAAUAUCAGAGCGCACGAGUCUUGACAUUUCGCAACACACACACAUACUCACCGCGUGUAUACAUGCCGUUACCCUAUUACCAAAAAUGAUAUCCUAUCGGUUUUCGUGGAAUUUUUGAGCGGAAUUCAUCAAGUUUGGGUGGCUGAAUGUCACACGAAUAGGAAGCAGUAAGCGGCACAUAAAUUGACCGUGUGUGAGAAAGAGAAAGAGAAGGCAGGAGAACCACCCGCCGUCCUUCUGGCCCCAACAACCAUUUCCUGUCGCCUCGAAAACUAGCAAUAUGUUUCUUGGGGCUGAGAAGGUGCGUGGGGACUCAACUGCCACUUUCCCUCCUGAACUAUUCUGCUCGUUUUUUUUUCUCUGCCAAAGAAUAGCUAGUAGUCACACUUUCACCGCUUCUCGUCGAGCAUUUCAAAGAUUCUUCAUCAUCAAUAACACGGAAAAUGUUAUUAUUAUACUCCCUCGUGACACUGUUCCCUUCGAAAAUAGCUAAAUGAACGUGCGUUACGUCUGCCUCUAUUCUCGUCGUCUACACUGAGCAUUCUGAUUAGCCGGAAUUGGAUGCCAACUCCGUUUCGCCGCGGCUUGGCUUCUAAUUAGAUCUCAUUAGUGCACCUGGAUGAAAUAAGCAUGCCCUUUUGUUGGCCAGAUGUCUCUUCCGUGCAGGAACAACCAAUCAGCUUCCUCUUUUCCCUUUUCAUUAAAAUUCUAUUCAGCUUUCUUUUCAAAAAAAAACUACUCACUCUGUCGGCUAGCUCUGUCGGGUCAUUCUAGUGAAAAAGCGCUCAAUUUUAUAGGUUUCGCAAUUGAAAUUCGCCGAGUGGACACUGGGAGUGGUGUCCCCCUUCUGUUCCAUUAGAAGGCCACCUUUGCGCAGCAUUCACCUGGUUACUUAGCGACGCGAGCCGUCUAUUAGUGACGCUAGCAGGGAGUGGACACCAACUCGGGCACAAUAUAAAGCUUGACCCCUACGUGCCCCCUUGAUAUUCGGCCCUUUGGAGGCCGGAAAUGUGUUCCAGUUGGCUGUUUUGGCUGUUCUUGUCACUUUUCUAUACGUUCGCUACUGCUCAAAACAGCAGUUGUGCAGGUAUGUUCCUUUAUCAGUUUAUUUCUUUAAAUAUGUGUUUCUUGUAGGAACCACAUUAUUGAACGCAACGCGAGAAGUUCAAUAUUUGACAACGCCAAACUAUGAGAGUAGUCACAAGUAUCCGCCUUUUUUAGACUGCAAAUUUGUGAUAAAAGCUCCGGAUAAAACUAGACUUGUAAUUGAGAUUAUUGAUAUGGAAAUGGAACCUCGAAUAUUUGAUGAAUGUGCUGAUUUCAUCAAGAUUACGGAUGGUAAGGGCUUGCUCUUGUUUGUAAAUUGUGGAUGUAGUAGAAGUGUGUAUAGCUUAAGAAGCCCUGGCCAUUUGAAAUAACAUGUUAUGCUUGGUUCGCCGUGAGAAAGCUGAAGACGCGGACGUGAACAUCAUCCUUUUGUUCGCUAAAGAAUAGGAUCAUUCGCACUGACCAAAACCACAUUUUGUUGUGAAUGUACUUCUCAUCAGAAAAAAAAUUUUUCAGAUAAAGAGUCAGAGAGAAACUCAACCAAGGUGACCAUUUUGUGCGAAAAUUUGAAGAAUCAACAGGUAUAAUAAGGGACCAAGACUUAAACUUGAAGUGACUCAAACUCAAACAUUCAGAUCAUUUCAUCAUGGAACAACCUCGUCAUAAGUUUCCAAUCGGAUGAACUUGUCGAGUACCGAGGUGCUCGAAUCAGUUACCGCUUCCAUGGUAAGUUACCCAUUGCAAAGUCUAUGUAUCUUAUAGUUCUAAUCAUCAGAUUUAACAACUUGUCCGCCUGGAUGGACCGAGAUAUCUGAUGAAAAUUGUGUGAGGUUCGAGUCCGAUCAGAAAGUAGAUUGGAUUCGGGCACAGGUGAACUUUAUAAGUGGUCUUUCUGACUCUUUGUGGUUUUUUUUAGACUCGAUGUUUGGAACAACAGAGCAAUUUGGUACUGAUUGAUUCUAGCGCAAAGACAGCCGAACUCGAUGGUUUUGAAAUGUAGCGCAUGCAAUGACAUCAUCAUAACUUGCAGGUCUUAUUGAAAGUGUCCCAAGCAAACUUUGGAUAGGAUAUACGGAUUCUGCAUCGGAAGGGGUCCUGACAUCAGUUGCUAAUAAAGAAGCAACAGUCCUCCCCAAGUGAGAAAUGAACUGUGUUCAUCAAUUUCAGCAUUUCUCUUUUCAGCCGUAAUCCUUCCACGUUGAAAGACAACAAUGAUGACAACGAUUGCAUGACUUUUCAGUUUGGGGACAACAGUCCAUAUAGACUGGAUAGCUGCGCGUCUUACCAUGGUUAUAUCUGUGAAAUGAAGAAAGAUGGCACGUCCGUCCUCUAUGAUCCACCAAUUGAAUCUAUAAGAGAUGGAUCGUAUUCCCAAGACUAUAGCUUCACAUAUUUGCUGCUUUUCCUCAUAGGAUUAUUGUUUUUAGCAAUAAUUCUGUGCUUGUGUUACAGUGAGUUCAUAAUUGACUUGAUCUCGUCUCAUUUUAUUGUUUUCAGUGUGUUGGAAACAGAAAAUCGAUGCAAGAAUUCAUACGGAAUCAUCGACUCAACAAUACGCUUUUGUGACUGACGCAUCUCAACAUGUGGAGCAGGCAAGAACAUCAACAACUGGUGGAUCGCCAAGUAUGUUUAUUUCCGAAUCCUUUUUUUCCAAUUUUAUCACUUCAGCUGAUGUAACUAUGCCCACUAACUCAACCGAAGCAAGAGUUGUCCGAGAUGCGCGAAACUCCCCUGUGCCCAUUCCAGCUGAAAACAACAGGCAACCAAAAAGAUUCCCUAUGGCUCCAGUGCCAAACAGAUUGCCGGUUGCGGAGCACAACUCGGAGACUGAACACAUUAUGGAAACGAGCAUUAUGGCGGCAGGUGGACUUGCUCAUCAAGGCGACGAAUCGGUCAGUGCCGCUCCGAAACCACAACCGAGAACGUUGCCUCCAAUGCCGACAAGAGAAGGAACUUUCCAGAGUAUCAACACCAGGUACCAGGAUUGCCUAGGAUUCCGCACAAGUAAAACUUUUCAGAGAUGGAAGCACAAUGCGAACAAGACGGAACAAUCAACUGUUUGAGCGACCAGUCAUGCAUGUUCUUGACAAUGUUUCAGCCAUUUCUUUGGACGAGUUCUGGAGUAACAAAAAAUCCUGA